AUGGGCAGCGCCACAUCGCCCAAAUCACUGCCAAACGCGGACGCCGCACAAUGGAACAAACAACUCAUGCUCGAGUUUCAGGCUGCGUUGGAGAACGACCCUGCAGCAGACCUGAUAUCAAUGUUUCCUGACUUUUAUGUCCAUGAACAUCGAAACGCUCAAUAUGGUCAACUAUCUAAUGCUGCGAAGAUCAAUUUUCGGUUAAUAGAGGACCUCCAAGAUACUCUGAGACACGAACCAGAAGUCAAUCUGCUAUCAGUGCUCCCGAAAAACUAUUCUCGCAGAAUCGAAAUGGCGGCGGGACCAAGAAUCAACAGAGAACAGAAGUGCCUCGAAGAUUCACCCCCUGAGUUCAGAACUCGACUUGACCAGGCGGAGAAUGCUACAGUGAUCUAUCCAUUGUCCAAAGAGGUGACCACUGUGCUUGCUCAAUUCUCAGGGCCGGAAGACAAGCCGACUAGUAUUGAAGGCUCGCUUAUAUUAUCCUUGAAAAGACUGCUUUGGGCCUCAAAGAAACUCUGGGAGAGCCCUGUCAGAGGUGUGGUGGUUAAAUGUGAUGAAAACAUUAUUGCAAAAGUUAUUACUAGAAAUAAUGAUUACACAGAGUACAUGAGCAUGUAA